AUGACCGGAGAUUUGUCUGUGAACACAAUUAAAGAAAAUAAAGGUGAAACAAAAUUUACAAUGCGAAAUACCCAAGAAGGGCAGGGCCAAGGUCAAGGUCAACUAGAGGCAGAGGCCAACAGCGCCAACAGCAUAAUAGUUGUCGUAAUUGCGGAAGAAAUCAUGGCAGACGAAUUUGCACAGCAUUUGGAAAAAAAUGUCAUAGCUGUAACAAGCUUAACCAUUUCGAAAAGGUGUGUCAAAGCAAAAACGUGUCUCUAGUCCAAAAGGACUCUGACACGGAUUCAGAGGACACGUACGUUAUUAGCUCUGUUUCCAAGAAUGAAAAGAAGAAAGGUUCUGGUGCAAAAGCAGCAGUGACAAAAUUACACAUUAAUAAACAAAAGAAUAAGAACAUUUUUAAGAUUCAAAUAGACACUGGGGCCCAGUGUAAAAUUCUUCCUACUGAGACAUAUGUAAGGGUCACAGGAGAUACGGAGCUUAAAUUACUGAAACCUUGCAAGAAAGAGAUUGUAUCAUACACUGGAGAGCGACGCAACAUAACUGGAAAGGUCACACUUCCAGUAUGGCAUGCGGGGAAAGAGCAACUAAUCAAGUUCAAUAUCAUUGAUGGUGACUAUCGACCAAUUCUGUCUCUAGAUACCAGCGUAGCUUUGGGUAUUGUAAACCUGCGACAUUGUGACAUCCUAUGUCUGGGUAUCCAACCCCCUAAAGAUCCAGCAAGUGAAUACAAGGACGUGUUUGAUGGUUCAUUAGGUAAAAUACCAGACACGUACAAGAUUGUGAUUGACAGUACAGUGCAACCUGUAGUCCACCCGCCACGACGAGUGCCAGUGGCCAUGCGUACACGUAUAAAAUCAGAACUGGAUAAGUUAGUUGCUCCUGAGGUUUGGCAGCGUCGCAUGCACGAGUUCGUAGAAGGAUUAGACGGUGUCGAAGUAACGACUUUCUCAUUGCUGGUUUUGGGAAUAUUGAAGAAGAGGUCAAUGUGA